GAAGAGCAGAGUCGCAGGCCAGGAUCGGGAGCUGUGGGUCCCGGAAUUACCGGAGCCCCGAAUUGCGGCUGUGAGCCGGCCGACAGUGGUUUGGCGUAAGAGCGGGCAGUUGACGAGGCCACGGGACUGGGACGCCUGCGCCAUGUUCUGCGAUAGGGCCAUGGAGCUGGUCCGCGAGCUGCACCGCGCGCCGGAAGGGCAGCUGCUGGCCUUCAAUGAGGAUGGACUCAGGCAAGUUCUGGAGGAGAUGAAAGCUUUAUAUGAACAAAACCAGUCUGAUGUGAAUGAAGCGAAGUCAGGUGGACGGAGUGAUUUGAUACCAACCAUCAAGUUUCGACACUGUUCUUUGCUAAGAAACCGACGCUGCACUGUAGCGUACUUGUAUGACCGAUUGCUUCGAAUUAGAGCACUCAGGUGGGAAUAUGGCAGUGUUCUGCCAAAUGUUUUACGAUUUCACAUGUCUGCUGAAGAAAUGGAAUGGUUCAAUCAUUAUAAAAAGUCUCUUGCUACUUAUAUGAGGUCAUUGGGAGGAGAUGAAGGUUUAGAUAUUACACAGGAUAUGAAACCUCCCAAAAGCCUAUAUAUUGAAGUACGAUGUCUAAAGGACUAUGGAGAAUUUGAAGUUGAUGACGGCACUUCGGUCCUAUUAAAAAAAAAUAGCCAGCACUUUCUACCUCGGUGGAAGUGUGAGCCGCUGAUUAGACAAGGUGUCCUGGAGCACGUCCUGUGGUAACCUCAUACUGUGGUACGAGGCUGUAGCCAUCCACAUAAACUUACACACUUCCUUCUCCACCCUCCCUUACCCCAGCCCCUCUGGUUUUAAAGGUUACAGAUACUUUUAACCAGGAAUACUUGACUGAGAAUCGUUUGUUUUUCUAUUGUACAAGAUUCCUCCUCUUUUUUAUAAUCUGCAUCUAUAAUUAUAACAUUCCUACAGUUACAA